AGGAAGCGCUGGUACUGUAUUUAAAGUUGCACGGUCCUCAAUGCAGUAGGUCAGUGUUGUGUCGCUCUCAGCUUCAGGGUAAUUGAUAUUGUUGCUGUAUCCGAACAUGAAGACUGCUCUGCUGUGUGUGUUGACUGUCUGGUUCAGCAGUCAGUGCGGUGAAAGCACUUCUUCAUGCCUCCAUCCUCCGGCAGAGUGGUGCUCGUCUCUGGACACAGCCAUCCAGUGCGGGGUUUUGAAGCAGUGCCUGAUGUCAAACUUCACCCGAUCCCAUCCAACAGAAGCUCCAAUCCAGGUGGCUCUUUACUACGAGAGUCUGUGCCCAGGCUGCAGACUGUUUCUCACUGAGAUGCUCUUCCCUACCUGGCUCUUGUUGAAUGAAAUCAUGACCGUUAAUCUGGUCCCCUAUGGCAAUGCAAGGGAGAAACCUGAUGGGCAGAAGUAUGUGUUUGAGUGCCAGCAUGGAGAGCAGGAAUGUUUGGGCAACAUGAUUGAGACAUGUUUACUCAACAUGACCAAAAUGGCUUUCCCGAUUAUCUUCUGUAUGGAGUCAUCCACAGACGUCAUCAAAUCAGCGCAGAGCUGUGCGCAACUGUACAGCCCUCAGCUCAGUUGGGACAAGGUCUGGGCCUGUGUGAAAGGAGAUCAAGGAAACCAGCUGAUGCAUCAAAACGCCUUGACGACUGAGGCCCUUAACCCUCCACACAAUUAUGUUCCGUGGAUUACCGUUAAUGGGGUUCACACAGAAGACCUGCAGGACAAAGCUAUGGCAUCUCUCUUCACUUUGGUCUGCAACAUGUAUAAGGGCCCCAAGCCUGCGGCAUGUGGAGGUCCCGCAAAGACACCCUACCGAAGCUACAGCAACAAACAGUGAAGAAGCACUAGACAUUUAUGUUUGCUCCGUCCCAGGUUCACAGCUAACUAAGGAACACUGAAGAAUUGUAUGGAGUAUUUUUGUAUCUGUGAUUUUAUAAUGUGUUUUUAUAAAGGGAAUAACAAUCACCUCACUUCAAAAUUCACACAAAUACAAUUUACUUUUUGAAAA